UUGAUUUCUCACUUUAGUCUCCUUCUUUCUGGGGCUCUCGCAGAGCUUUCUUCCAUUUCUGCCAUGGCUGCCACCACUGGAUCUUCUUCAAGCUCUGCCGCUGCUGCUGAUGACCCAGCUCUUGCUCUGCCUUCUGUCCUCAAUGUGAAAUUGGAUCCUACCAAUUACCCCAUUUGGCUGGCGCAGAUCGUUCCUCUGCUCAGGAGCCGCCGCCUGAUCUCUUUCGUCGACGGCACCAGCAUUUGUCCGUCUGCGUUUCUUCUCGGCCCCGACGGAAAACCCAGUAACGCGAUCAAUCCAGCUUAUGAAGACUGGAUUCAGAUGGACCAGUUGGUGCUUUCUUGGAUCAAUGGCUCCCUCAGCCACCCUGUCCUUGCUACUGUGGCUAGUUCUAUCUCCGCCCGUGCUACCUGGCUUGCUUUGGCGGCUCUGUUUUCGACUCCGGUCCCGGUUUCUGAUAAUGGCACCGCUGCCAUGGUAGGUUCUGGUGGGUGUGGCUCAGGAGGAGGAGAGAUGAGCAGCAGCAGCACAACAGGUGAAGGAGAUUCAAAGCAGAUGGACCUGCCCGGGUAUAAGUUCUCUCCCACCGAAGAGGAACUGGUUGGCUUCUACUUGAAGAAGACGAUAGAGGGCAAGGACGCAAAAUUCAGGGACAGGAUCCCUGUAAUCGAUGUCUGCAACCACAAGCCUAGUGAUCUGCCUGAGUACUUCUUCAGCAAACCUAAUUACAUGAACACCAACAGCAAUCGCCGCAGUAGGACAACAGAUGAGGGCUUUUAUAAAAGCACAGGCAAGGUUCGUGAGAUCAAGGCUGAACAAUCCCAAGCUGUGAUUGGUAAUAAGAGGAUUUUGUCUUACUACGAAGGUCGUGUGCCCAAAGCCAAGAAGACCAAGCAUGUCAUGCAUGAGUAUUCUGUCACCAAGACUAAACUGGCCCAACUGGGUGCUCAAAACAAUCAGCAGAGGGAGUUAGUUCUCUGCCACCUGACGAAUAAGUCAGCAAAAUCUGAGAAGCUGAAAGAUGAUUCAAUCUGCGGCGAUGAAUUAGCUGAACCUGCUAUUGGUAAUGAAAUCUCCUAUAACUCUGAAGAUGAUCAAGCUGCUGCAACUGAUAUGAUUCAAGGCCCAGAUGAGCAUCUCGCAGACAAAGAUGUUCUGCUUGGCACUGAGAAUCGUAAUGAAUGCGCCGAGUCAGAGUCUCCAAAUGGUUUUUCUCCUACAGACAAUAAUGAUAUUUCAACCUGUGUAUGUUUUGGUUCACCUGGUAGCUUUGACGUACCUGGUGGCUUCUUCUUGUCUGAUUUUGAUGAUCUGUUUAACGAGCCGUCCUGUGCUGAUGUUGGAGUAAAUAUGGAUUCAACCUUUCUUCCACCUCAGCAGCUAGCAGCCACAUCAGCCACCACACCCACCUCAGCCACAUCAUUUGGUGGCUUUGGUGUUGGUUCAUCUGAUGGCUUCUUCUUGUCUGAUUUCAAUGAUCUGUAUACAGAGGCUUACUUUCAGCCAGAAGAAAAUCUGGGAUCAGUCUUUCAUCCAUUUCGGCCACAGGAUUACACACUGCUGUCAACAAGGAACACAGAACUGGGAGAUGUUAUGCAUGCCAAUAACUAUAUUGACAUGCAGUGGUGAGUCGCAGUCUCCAGAUAAUCUGGAGUUUACGAUUCUUUUCCCACAGUUCUUGAAUAAUUUCAUUGGUGACCAGGAUUAUUAUCCUGUGAAGAAACAACUGCUCUACUUUCAGUGACUCUAAUCUACCAGAGCCAUGGGGAGGAGUCUAUGAUAGCGAUAGUGGAGUAAGAAGUGAAAGGAACACUGAUUUUCUGCAUUAGCUGCUACAACAUAGAUAGUGCAACAUUUUAGUUAUAGGAGAGCAUCAGUAAACCACAAGAGGUCUUGGAAGGGUAGCACAUCACCCUUAUCUACAAAACAAAUUUGAUUUCUUUUCUCAAAGGCAGCACUUUGGAGACCACGUCUCUCCUGUCAACAGAAGCACAAAUAUUCCUCAAAGCAGUUCUCUUCAAAUAGUGUACUCUCUUAAUAAUAUCACACUCAAUACCAAGCAGAUCCAUUCAUGUCUUCACACGUAGGAGGUGCUCCGAGAAGAAUCCGACUGCAAAGCUGUAUCACAAGACAAGGUGAGAGACUUUCAAUUGAAAACGUGAAGAGAAGCCUUUAUGGCUUUCUCACGGUAAAUAAAAGCUCUUGUUUGAAGUUUUGAGGAGGCUAUUUGCUAUUUUCACUAAUGUGAUUUCUGUAACUCUGUUUGCAGGUUAGGGAAGCUGCAGAGUAUUGUAUUGCUCUCUUCACCUGAAAACCAAGUCCUGGAAGUAUACAGUUCGAAGCAGGUGACAAUAGGGUUCUUUUGAUCUUAAUGGAAGCACCUCCUUGAAACCAUUAAGCAAGUCCCGGAUGGGGCAUGGCAUAAUAUUUCAAUUCCAAUUUCUAGCUCUAGCCUUAUUCUCAGGCUUUCGUUCUCAAGUUCUUGCUCUAGUCUUAUUCUCAGGCUUUCAUUCCCAAGUUCUUGCUGUAGCCUUAUUCUCAGGCCUUGGUUCUAGCUGUAGCCUUAUUCUCAGGCUUUCGUUCCAGCAGUAGCCUUAUUCUCAGGCUUUCGUUCCCAAGUUCUUGCUCUAGCCUUAUUCUCAGGCUUUCGUUCACAAGUUCUUGCUCUAGUCUUAUUCUCAGGCUUUCGUUCCCAAGUUCUUGCGCUAGCCUUAUUCUCAGGCUUUUGUUCUAGCUGUAGCCUUAUUCUCUGGCUUUUGAUCCAGCUGUUGCCUUAUUCUCAGGCUUUUGUUCCAGCUGUAGCCUUAUUCUCAGGCUUUCGUUCCCAAGUUCUAGCUCUAGCCUUAUACUCAGGCUGUCGUUCCGCACUCUAUUGUUCUGGAAGUGGCAUUAUACAGGAUCUGCUUCUACAUGGCUGCUGGAGUCUCGAUAUAUAAUACAGUGACCAGACGCUAAUGUGACGUUAUGGUUAUUGGUAUGGAAGUUUGAGAUUCCUUCCUAAAUGGAGUAGUAAUUACAAUCAUUGUAAAACUGCAUGAUUAUGAUUGGUUUAAAACCUAAUCACCUUCAAGCAGAAACAACCAACCCUACAAUCAUUGUAAAACUGUAUUAUUAUGAUUGGUAUCCUUGUAAAUGUUGUUGAUUUUGUUUUUGUAAUUGGCCUAUACCAAAUGCUGCGGUCCUGUGCAGCAUUCCUGCGGCCCUAGUGCACUGUAUCUUUGUCAAUUUUGUAUAUUAAGAACCUUUCAGUGUUAAAUGGAAUUUUGUGUGUUAUUAUA